AUGGCUUACGCUGCGUAUCAAAAGGGUGUUGUCGAUUGCAAGAAUGUUGCUCCGCCGACAAACCUCGAGGGCAAGGGUGUCGUCAUUACUGGUGGUGCGUCUGAUGUGCAAAGGGGAUGGGUGAGGAGGGAGUUCGGGCUUUCGUCGCGGCAGGGCAAGCAUUAUUCCUACUGGUCCAUCCCCAUAUAUUCUACGCUAACGAGCAUCUUAAGAGCCCACGUCACCUUUGGAGACCUGGAUGAAGAGAGCGGAACGAAAUUGGAGACAGAACUGGCCCCGAACGCCAAAUUCAUUCGCUGCGAUGUCACGUCCUGGGAGGACCAGCUGGCCAUGUUCAAGCUCGCUCUGAGUUCCUCUCCCAGGAAGAGCAUCGACGUUGUCGUCGCCAAUGCCGGCAUCAGUGGGCCGGAUGAUGCCUUUACCAUCGAAGUGACAGACACGGACGAACCGGUCAAGCCCCAGCUAAAGAUUGUCAACAUUGACCUCCUCGGAGUCAUGUACACGAUGAAGUUGGCCCGCCACUACUUCGUGAAGCAUCCCCUUGACGCAAGUCACGAUCGCUGUCUCAUCGUGAACGCAAGCCUCGUGGGAUUCCUCGAUGUCCCUGGCAUUCCCCAAUACAUGGCAUCGAAAUGGGGGUGUCGGGGUUUGAUGAGAUGCAUUCGAAGGACCACCGUUGUCGACGGGGUUCGCAUGAACCUCACUGGGCCAUGGCAAGUCUACUGCAAAAGCAAAGGGAUCGUUUUUGCCGAAGCCAAGGACGCAGCUGGCGCGUGGAUCAAAAUCGCCUCUGAUCCAUCGAUAAAUGGGCGAUCGUUUGGUAUUGUUCCUCGGGACGCCGCGCCCCAGGGAUAUAUGGACCUUGGAAAGGAUGACUACGCAGACGGGGAGUAUUUGGAUGAGCUGCAGGAUAUCUUGCUGCGCACGUCUCACCGGUUGGCUGUCAAGGCCGAGUCUCAAUGA